CAUUCCCUACCCCUUAACAAACAAACAAACAGCCCAUCAGCCAUGGCCAUGGUGUCAGCCCUUUCUGAAAAGGCGGAUUCAAGCCCAGCAUGCAAAAUGACAGUUUACUUGGAAGCCCACGAACAACGAGGAAUUUAGGAAUGAUCCCAAAUGGAUAAGUUAACCGCGAUAUCUGGUACAUUAUUCUUUGGAGCUAAUGUCUUCGCGAUUAUCAGCCUUGUGCUUCCAGACUGGAUCGUCUCCGAUGUCGGAGGAUCCUUGCGCCUGGGCCUAUUACAGACGUGCGUGAGUGGUGGUUCCCGGCGUACAGCCUGUUUCCCACCACGAUUGCAACCGGAGUGGCUGUUAACGCUCGUCUGCAUUCUAGUGGGCUGCAUCUGCGUCACUGCAGCCACAGUUCUCCUUGCAUUAUCACGAUGGAGUGUUCGGGUGCUACCGUACGCCCGCUGGAUGGGCUUUUCUGCCAUGCUGCUGUUCUGCCUGGCCGCGGUGAUUUUUCCCAUUGGGUUCACCAUGGACGAGAUCGGAGGGGAGCCGUACCAGCUUCCCAGCAGUCACCAAGUGGGACUCUCUUACAUAUUCUUUGUGCUCGCCCUCUGGAUCACAGUCAUCUCGGAGCUCUUUGCGGGAAAGGUGUGCAUGCCCCACUUCUGAACACGAGAACCGCAAUAAAACUUUGCAGUUGAGAAAUA